CGCUGCAGCUACAAUGUGGGCAGUGGGUGGACCAGCCUGAGCAACCUCGUGGAGGUGACUGGAGCAGGUGAGAGAGGGCUCAUGGGCCCGGAGUCAGGAAGAGGGGCUGCUGGAGAGGCCUCCCUCCCUCCACUCCUCACUCUCCCUGUCCUCUUCCGGCCCCCUCCCCGAGAGGCUGGUGGCCUUGGGCAAGCAGAGGGGAUCUCUGAGCCUUGGUUUCCCCAUCUGUCAAAUAAGGGUGGUGUUUGCACCGACCCUAGAAGGCUGUGAGGAAUAAAUGACUGAAUCCCCAGGAAGUGGUUAGGGCAGGCCUGGCCCACAGUGGGGCCCUGAACCCGGCUUCCUCUUGUGUUCCCCGCUGUCCGCCACCCCCUCACCCACCCCCGCCGCACCAAUGCCUUCCAACGCCUUCCAGCACCUGGCUCCCUCACAGCUCCAUGAGUGCCGAGGUCCAGGGCUGGCUGGGGCCCCAUGGCUCCCAACUCAUGCGGAACCACCCGUGACCCUACCCCACCCACAGAGCCGCUGCCCCCACCUUCGCUCUCAACCAGCCCCGUGCCCUGGAUCACGCCGGGCCUGAACACCACGCUGCUGUGCCUCGGGGGCCUUCGCGGUGUGACCUUCCUGCUGAGGCGGGAGGGGGACGACCAGUUUCUGGAGGUGGCUGAGGCGCCAGAGCACAGGCAGGCCACCUUCCCAGUCCACCGGGCUGGCAACUACAGCUGCAGCUACCGGACCCACGCGGCAGGCGCCCCCUCGGAGCCCAGUGCCCCUGUGACCAUAGAGGAGCUGGCCACGCCGCCGCCACCUACGCUGACUGUCGGUACAGCGUCCGCCGAGGUCCUGCGCCCAGGCUCGCGCGCGACUCUCACCUGCGUGGCGCCCCUGAGCGGUGUGCACUUCGAGCUGCGGCGGGGCGAGGAGGUGCUGCAGGUACCCCAGGCCAGCACCAGUCCAGACCGCGUCUUCUUUCAGCUGCACACGCUGGCCCUGCAGGACGGCGGUGCCUACACCUGCCGCUAUCGGCUGCACGACGAGCUCGCGCACUGGUCGCUGGACAGCGCGCCGGCCGAGCUGCUGCUGAGCGAUGGGACGCUCCCCGCGCCGGAGCUGUCGGCCGAGCCCGCGACUCUGAGCCCCGCGCCGGGGACGCUGGUGCAGCUGCGGUGCCGGGCACCCCGCGCCGGCGUGCGCUUCGCCCUGGUGCGCCAGGGCACGGGCGGGAGCCGGGUGCACGGUGUCUUGAGCCCCGCGGGCGCCGAGGCCCACUUUGAGCUGCGCGACGUCCUGGCGGUCGACUCGGCCAACUACAGCUGCGUCUACGCGGACACGGCGCCGCCCUUCGCGGGCUCGGCGCCCAGCGCGCCCCUGGAGCUGCGCGUGGACGGGCCCCUGCCCAAGCCGCAGCUGCGGCCCCUGUGGACGGGGGCCGUGACUGCGGGCCGCGAGGCCGUCCUGCGCUGUGAGGGCCGCGUGCCCCACGUCUCCUUCCUGCUGCUGCGGGCCGGCGAGGAGGAGCCCUUGGACGUGGUCUUCGCCGCCCAGCGCUCCGCGGACCUCGCGCUGCCCUACGUGGGCCCGCAGCACGCCGGCACCUACAGCUGCCGCUACCGCGCCCACUGGCCCCGCUUGUUGCUGUCCGAGCUCAGCGACCCGGUGGAGCUCCAGGUGGCAGGAAGUUGAUCCAGCUGCAGACCCAGGCUGCUGACGGUGUCCUUGGGAAGUCCUGUCUCCAGCCUGGCUCUGAUCCCUCCUCCUGCAGCUGGAAGCUGGACUCCCCCUGGGGCGAGGGGGGCCGGCGCUCCCUCACCCACGCCAGGAAUGAAUAAACGUGAAG